CGUAUAUGCGUGAUAUUAUUGCACGAUGAGAUGAGGUCUCAGCAUCAGCGCUCUCCCGUCAGUUGAAUCUCAGCUCAAAGCCGGGACGCGUCGCAUUUUUUUUGCCAGUGGUUUGACUACUUUUUCCAACGGACCUUUUUUUUUUUUUUUAUUUGUUUUUUGACUGCAAUCGCUCUCGCGGAUGUUUUCUCGUUUUGAAAAAAGGAGGAUUUUUUUAAAGCAGUACUUGGCGAUUGCUACGGCAAGGAGAUCUUGCGAGCAUCGAAUUUAGUCUAAUCCGAAACUACGAAUAAAAUGGGCAAACUAAAGAGUACAGUGCCGGGCUUGGCAUACCCGUCCGGCAGAGACAAUCUCCUGAAAACGACCUUUCAGUUCUUGGAGGGCAGACGCAAGGACGAUGGCGCGGAGGGCCUCUGGAGAAUUCAAGACAAUCUCUACGACUUGGAAGACUUCGUAAAAAAACAUCCUGGUGGAGCUGAGUGGAUAUCGAUGACCAAAGGCACCGACAUCACGGAGGCCUUCGAGGUUCAUCACUUGUCGGAAAAACCUGAGCGACUUUUGCCAAAAUUUUUCGUUCGCAAAGCAGUGGCGCCCAGAAUGAUGGCCUACACCUUUGAUCCAAAUGGCUUUUACAAGAAAUUCAAAGAAAGAGCUCGCGAGGCCCUGAAAAACGUGGACUACCACAACCCCAGUGUCAAAUCCAAACUGAUAGCCGAUGGAAUAGCGACACUCACGAUAGCCUCGGUCAUUGCAUGUGCCAUAUUCAAAUCGUGGGUUGUGCUCGUCAUUUGCGCCCUCCUGCUCACGUGGCUGUCGAUAAUAGCCCACAACUUUUUCCACAUGCGUGACAAUUUUCGGAUGUACUACUUCGAUCUGAGCCUCAUGUCGUCCAAGGACUGGCGAAUAUCCCACGUGCUGAGCCAUCACUUGUACCCAAACACACUAUGGGACAUGGAGAUCUACAUAUUCGAGCCUUUCCAAAACUGGUUGCCAGGAACUAACAAGUCCGCGCUGUACAUUAUAUGGGCCUUUUUGUUCAAUCCUAUCGCCAUGUUGGUCGCUUGUUUCCUCCAAGGAUUAAAACGGUACUACUCGCUGUUGGUGGAGUGGAAGAAGGUGGAAUUCCGGGACGUCGUACCAUUUGCCUUGCCCGUACUGAUGAGCUUCUUCGCCUCGUCGCCGUGGGAGGCUGUCAAACUGUGGCUGUGCAUCCUGAGUUUGAGUAGUUUUAUAUUUCACUUUAUCGGACUGACGGCUGCUCACCAUCACCCCGAUAUCUUCCACGACGGUGACAUUUGUCGGCAAGAUCCCGACUGGGGCCUCAUGGAGUUGGACGCUGUGCGCGACCGCUACGUCAUCGAUGACUCGACUUUCCUCGCCCUGACGAACUUUGGUCUACACGGUCUGCACCACCUGUUGCCCACUGUGGACCAUGACUACCUCGAGCUCUGCCAGCAGGCCUUUCGGGACACUUGUCGUGAAUUCGGGGUCGACAUCAAGCAGUUCAGCUCAUGGGAGUUGAUCAAGGGCCAGUACCAGCAGUUGGCUCGCAAUCAAAUCAAGGCCAAUCACAGGGGCGGCUUCCACAUCAAGGAAAAAUGUAACUGAAGCCGGGGAAGAUGAUGUACGACUUCAGUGUCUUGGGUAAACUCAAAUGCCGAUGUUUUGUUGUAAAUGAAUAAAAUAAGAAAAAAUAAUAAUAAAGGCAAAAAGGCAUGUUGGGUAAAAUGAUUGAAA